ACCGACCCGAGGAAAUCCAAUCCCGAGAACAACCUCAACCCAUCCAACAGAUACCUGAUCCCUCGCUUCUGAACCCAGAACGCAUCCCAAUUUGCCCAGUCAAUUGCAGAGGACAGAGAAGACCUUUUUAAAGGCCAGGAUAUCCGCAAUGACAUCGAUCGUGCGCCCCUCAGCCUUUCUGCUGAGAAGAAGUUGUCUUGCCCUCUCCAAUCCCGCGCGAAAUGCUGCUUUCUAUUCCACAUCUCGGGCGGCCUCCUCGACUACUUCUCCUCUGGCAAUCGCCUCGACACUGAAACCUGGUCUCUUCCAGACGAAACAAAGGAAUGUUGCAGUUAAUGUUGCUGGCUUCCAUGCGACCAGCCGGAGGGAUCUCCUGCCACCCCCACCUCAAACUAUUCAGGGAACAAUGAACGAUCCCGCUCCCCUUCCUCCUACUUCUCCUUCCCACGGCAGCUACCACUGGACUUUUGAAAGAGCUAUCGCUGUCGCCCUUAUCCCGUUGACGAUUGCCCCCUUUGCUGGUGGAUCUCUUAACCCGGUCAUGGAUGCAGUGUUUUGCGGUACCAUCUUGAUGCAUUCACACAUUGGUUUCCAGGCUUGCAUCAUCGAUUAUAUCCCCGGGAGACGUUUUCCCAAAGCCAAGAAGGCGUUCGACUGGCUUCUUCGCGUAAUGACCCUGACAGUUGCAGUUGGGUUGUACGAGUUCGAGACGAAUGAUGUUGGCGUGACUGAAGCCAUCAAGCGAAUCUGGAAAGCGUGAUCUGUUUUCUCUUAUUUAGUCUUUUCGUUUGUCCUUUUCGAUAUUGAUUUGUUCCUUUUUUGAUUUUAGGGGUAUUGUUUUUGAUGAUGUCUUCUCAAAGCUUUCCAAGUUAGUCCUUUUACUGUCCCUUUUCUCUUUUCUCCUUCCCGCAUCUUUUCAUUUCACGUACAUUAUUUCUUCCCCUAGAUUCCAGCCUCACUCUGAUACUGUAAAAAUUCCUUUAUUUCUGUCUCUAUAUAAGGACGUCAAAAUAUCAUGUCUAUCUGUUGGCCGGCCGGGCUCAUAACCUGUAGGUUACUGGGGCAAAAGAGCUCAGUCACCACCAGCGCACUGCUGGUAGAAGGGCCGAUCAACCCGGGACCCCCAACACUAUCUGUCUGUACCCUAUCCAUAUUGCUAAGCGUACGAUCUUGCCGAAUGGAACUAAAAUAAAAUAACCCCAUCCAUACCCCAAGCGCCAUUGCUCCGCUAGUAUCAAACGAGGCAUACCACGUACAAUUGAAAGGGACAUAAAAUAAAUAACUAUAAGGCAUCACCUUCUAACAAGUACCCACUUACUCCAACUCCUCCUCCUGCCCCAUCUCCUCCGCCUCCCCACCAAGCAGCUCCUCAUCAUCCGCAACCGCCACAACCUUCUCAAUCAACUUCAACGUAGCCCGCAACGGCAACCCAAUCACAUUAUCAUAACUCCCUUCAAUCCUCUCCACCAGAAUCGACCCGAGCCCCUGCAUCCCAUACCCACCCGCCUUAUCCACCCCUUCCCGCGUCCGCACAUACGCCAAGAUCAACUCAUCCGUAAUCGUCGGAUCGAACCGCACAACCGACGCCUCCACAGUCGACUCCAGCGCAUACCCGGGAUCGCGCGCGCUCUUCAACGGCACCAUCGCUGUCAUGGCCGUGUAGACCGUGUGGUCGCCCGCGUCACGCAGCGACUUCAGCAUGGCUAUAUGCUGCGCCUCGGAGCGGGGUUUUUCCAAGAUCUGCGCGCCGCCGGAAGCUGUGGGGUCGACGACGAUGGUGUCCGCGGCGAGGAUCAGGGCCGGCUCGCCCUUUUCCUCAUUGUCGAUUUCCUGUCUGUAGACCGCCUGCGCCUUCCUGAUUGCUGUUUCUAGGCAGUAUUCGAGCGGGGAGAGGGUGGCUUUGGGCAGGUCUUCGGCAAAGCUGGAGGGGAUUAUUUCGACGUUGGGCAGGCCAAGGUAGGAGAGGAUUUGGCGGCGGCGGGGGGAGCUGGAGGCUAGGAUUACGCGUUUGGAUCGCAGGUCGAUUAGGGUUGGGAGGGCGAGGGCGGGGGGUCGUGGGAGAGUCAGCGGGGUGCGUCCACUGCCUUUGCCUGCACCGGCGCUGGCGUCGGAGUAUGAGGGCGGUGGGCCUGAGGGUUGUCUUUCAGAUGUGGAGUCGGUCAUUUUUUUAUAUUUUAAAAGAAGAAAACCUGGGAGUAUCCUUCUGU